AAUGGUGUAUCCCCCUCCUCCAGCCAAAGGUGGCAUAUUAGUCACUAAUGAAGACCUCCACUGCCUUAAUGAUGGAGAAUUCCUAAACGACGUUAUCAUAGACUUUUAUUUAAAAUAUUUAGUUUUAGAGAAAUUGAAAAAAGAAGAUGCACAAAGGAUCCACGUCUUCAGCUCCUUCUUUUAUAAGAGACUGAACCAGAGGGAGCGGAGGAACGUUCCCGACACGACAAACCUGCCAAUCCAGAAAAGGAAGCACAACAGGGUAAAGACGUGGACUCGGCACGUCGAUCUGUUUCAGAAGGACUUCAUUUUUGUUCCCAUCAAUGAGUCAGCUCACUGGUACUUGGCAGUCAUCUGCUUCCCGGGCCUGGAGGGCGCGCUGUACGAGCAGAACCCGCUGUACCACGGCCCGUUUCCAGCCCCGACCCCAGCUGCUGAUCCUCCGUCAGAGGAGGAAAUCCCGGAUCACUGCCGUCCUCUGUCCCCAGAAAGAGACGGGCUGGAGAACUCCUCGGCGCACUCGUCCCCCAGUGUCCCAGAGGCGUCAGCAGAGGGUCAGACUGAAGGAGAGCACAAGGAGAACUCUGCCGUCGCCGACAGGAGACCCGAGGCCUCCAGUACUCCUGUGGCAUCGGGUAACGGCCAGGCCGACCCCGAACAGCAAUAUACAAGCGGGUUGCACCGAAUCAGUGUUUGUUACAGUUCAAGAAACGGAGAAGAGGACGCCUACACCUUUUCUGAUGACCAGAGCUCCUGUCAGGACGAGUGCAGUGAGGACGGGACUCUGGCUGAUGACACUCUCACCUCGGACGCCUCUGGUUCGGUCUCUAAAUCGAACCUCUGCAAACAGCCUUGUAUUCUCAUCAUGGACUCCCUCCGUGGUCCGGGCAGAUCGACUGUGGUGAAAACUCUCAGAGAGUACCUGGAGGUGGAGUGGGAGGUGCGUAAAGGGACUCAGAGGAGUUUCGGGAAGGACGUGAUGAAGGGCUCCAGCCCACGUGUGCCUCAGCAGGAUAACUUCAGCGACUGUGGAGUUUACAUCCUGCAGUAUGUGGAGAGCUUUUUCGAGAAUCCAAUUCCCAGUUUUCAUCUGCCUGUGAACCUGUCGGAGUGGUUUCCUCAGCAACGGAUGAAGACGAAGCGUGAGGAAAUCAAGGAGCUGAUCCUUAAGAUCCAAGUGCAACAAGAACUGAACAAGAAGGAGCCCAACCAUGUCGAGGCUCCGUCAGGCUCCUCUGAUGGGCUGGAGAUCGAAGAGACUUCUGGUUCGACAGGCGUGCUGCCGAACCUACCCAUCAGCCCCUGAAACAAACCCACCUUCCUCCUUCUACUCCUACUCAUCCUCGCCCCUUCACUCCCAAACCCAGCAAGGGUGGGGGUGGAAGGGGGCCGAACCUGAUCGUACGCUGCUGGUUUCACUUCAACAGUCCUUAACGCCUCUCUUCAUUAACCACACACAACAAACAAACAAAAUUUGUAAUGAAUAAAACACGAACUGUAAAUACGCUGGAGUUUUUCUGCUGUCUUUGUAAUUUUUCCCUUUUAUGGCUCAUUC